AUGUCGACAUCCUCCGAAACACCGCCCGACACCAUCAUGGUUUCGGACCCUGGUGCUGAUAGGCUUGCGGACGGCGACCACAUCUCAAUCGAGGCCCCCACAGGGGGCAACUCGAGCGUGCCCAAGCCAAAGCGUCUGGCGUGCAUGAUCUGUAGGAAGCGGAAGUUGAAGUGCGACGGAAUCAAGCCAAGCUGCAGCACAUGUUCGCGCCUUGGCCACACAUGCGCCUACGACGAAGUCAGGAGGAAGAGCGGGCCCAAGAGGGGCUAUGUGAAGGCGUUGGAAGAGCGACUAAAGCAAGUCGAGACACUGCUGAAGACGCAAGAAGUCUCCGGUUCCGAUGGAUCUAAGGGGAUGCCUAUCCCUCUUGACGGGACCGCGAAACAACCCCUCAAUCAACGCGCUGCCGCCGCCGCCAACUUCAACGUCACGGACCCCUCCAUCGGUAUCGCCAGUAGCCGUGAUAUGGACCGAUGGCACUUCAAUGCCGACUCGCCUAAUAACCCACCCCUCGAAGAUUUCAACUUCAACGGCGGCAUGGGCAUGAACAUGGGCGGGGUUGAUAACAAUUUCACAUGGGAGAUGAUCGGCUUGGGUCUAGAGGAGCCGUUGCCCCCUCAGGAGACGAUCGAUGAGUUGCACCAAAUUUACUUUGACAAGAUUCACCCUUCUUUGCCCAUGAUUCACAAAUACCGGUAUUUGGCAGCGAUGAACCUUGCCCCUCCCCAACGACCUCCCGUCUGUCUGCGAUACGCCAUGUGGACUUUGGCCUGCUCCGUGUCGGAUAAGUUCCAGACCCUGAAGGACCUCUUCUACGCCCGCUCAAGGAAAUACCUCGAGUCGGAUUACAUCAAGGGAUACGGCGAGCACAUCAUCUCAGUCGCCCACGCCCAGACCCACGUUUUGCUGGCCUCGUACGAGUUCAAGUGGAUGUACUUCCCCAGAGCGUGGAUGAGCACCGGCUCAGGCGUGCGCCUGUCUCAAAUGAUCGGUCUUCACCGCCUCGACGGGGCCGGGUUAGACGUCAAGCAGUGUCUACCGCCCCCUCGUGACUGGACGGAGAGGGAAGAGCGUAGAAGGACCUUUUGGAUGGCAUUCUGCCUCGAUCGUUUUGCCAGCAUUGGCACCGGGUGGCCACUGACUGUUGACGAAAAGGACAUUUUGACGAACCUGCCAGCUUCCGACGACGCCUUCGAUAUGAGCCGGCCGGAACAGACCCCCACUCUUCAGGAGGCCAUGGGCCCCGCGGGCGCGGGCAAGAUCUCGUCCUUUGCUGGAGUUGCGUUGAUGGCGUGCCUUUUCGGCCGAAAUCUCGUGCAUCUGCACCGCCCAGACGUCGAUGACAGGGACCACGACCUCAACGGCGAGUUUUGGAAACGUCACCGACAGAUGGAUAACAUCCUCCUCAACACCUCGCUAUGCCUCCCGACUCACCUCAAGUUGCCAAACGGUCUCGGAAGUCCCAACGUGGUGUUCACCAACAUGUGUAUCCACACAUCCACCAUCUGCCUCCACCAAGCGGCCAUCUUCAAGGCCGACAAGAACAGGUUGCCGGCUUCGGUAAGCUCGGAAAGCAAAGUGCGGUGCAUCACAGCCGCGAAUGAAAUUGCGAGUAUCAUGAGAAUGGUUUCGCACCUUGACCUAUCUUCGAUGAAUCCGUUUAUCUCUUUCUGCCUAUACGUCUCCGCUCGGGUAUUUGUUCAGUACCUCAAGAGCAGACCGGACGAUAGCCAGACUGCCGAUUCUCUGCGCUUCCUUCUGUCGGCUAUGAACGCACUGAAGAAACGGAAUCCUCUCACCGAGUCCUUCCUCGUUCAGCUCGACGUAGACCUCGAAGCAUUAGGCGUGCGAAUCCCAAAAUUGAGGAGUGCAUUUCCCCGCAGCAGCGAUACGCCGGGUUCUCCUCUCCCGCCCGGCCUAAAAAAUGCUCGCAAAGCCGGAGAGAGGCAUGACAUCAUGGGCUAUAGCAACCAAUGCAACUUCAUGAAGGUCCCAGGCGACGACGGCAACCCCGCCACCGCACCAGAUAUCAUCGACAUCGACGCAGCCGGCCCCCCGGGUGCCGCAAACUACUCGCCCUCUCACCAGCCCACUACCCUCCCCACCCGCGAUCGCAGCCACACGGGGCCUUACUUGCCCAGUCAUAGCCUCGCACCCCCCCCUUUCUCCACCUACGGCCCUCCUCCAGAGAUGGACACGGGCAGCAGCAACGACCUCUCGGGCACCUCCCCCGACGGCAACGGCCGGACGCCAAAUUCAAGCACAACAGGAGGAAGCUCGGACCCGCAGCGCCAAAACCUGGCGCCAACAACUAGCAACGGGCACGUCAACGGCGGGUCCGGGCGAGACUCGUUCGAGACUAGCCCCGCAUCGUCCCACCAGAACAUUAACAGCAUGCCGGGUACGGCACCGGGCGACGUCGAACGGAACGUCAACGCCUUCUUCGGUGCGAACCCGUCGUCGUUUGGAAUGUCGGCUGGUGUUUCGACCGGCCUGACACCCGACCAGCGCUUUACUAUGACCGCGACCGGCGAUACGCCCAGUUCCAGGGGACCGGGUGGUAGUUCUGCCAGCGGCGAUGGGUCGGGUGAAUUCCCCGGCCAUACGGCGCCAACAUGGGCGGAUAUAUCGGGGCAGCAGGGGAUGACUCCCGUCGCGGAAGGUGUAUUAAGGUCGAUGAUGGGUAUGGGACCUAUAGACGGGAUGGAUAUGGGUUGGGAGCCGAGCGGGUAG